AUGAGUAAAAAAGUUAAUGAUCUUAUAAAUGAUGUUCUUAGCGAUUUAGAAACAUAUAAGUCUAAUAUAAAAAAAAUUAAAUCUUCAAUAAGCUCUGGUGAUCAGGAAUUAAUAAAUUUAGUUUUGUAAACUACUGAGUAUUGUUUAACCAACUCAACAGUUAAGCCAAUUGCUAUUCUUAACUCUUUGAGACUCUUAAAAGAGUCAAUGGAUACGAAGAAUAUCGAUAUGAUUAAUAAGCUAAAUAAGCACAAAACAAUUUUAGAUUCAAUGUUUUAAAUAGCAAAAUUUGAUUACUAAAGCUAAAAUGAUGAUAGAGGAUCUCUUUAUUAUGGCGAAAAAGCAGAGUAGCAAAUGUAAAUUAUUGGAAAUAGCUUAGUGAGGUUAAGUUUGGAGUGUUUCUUAUUUUGGUCUUAUUUAUAUCAAAAUAAUUUAGAAAAUCCUAGCGAAAUCUCUUCUUAUUUGUAAUAUUAUGAAUCACUUGUAGAAUUAGGUGUUAAAUUUCCUGAAAAAAUCAAUUAUUUUAAAUAAGCUUUAAAAGAAAUGUAACAAUAGUCUUCCAAUCCAUAAACUGAAUAAGUAUAGGAUUAAAAAUAACAAAACAAUGAAAAAGGGAAUUAAAGAGACAUCUCAUAAGAAAUAGAGGAUUUGAUAAGUAAGUUUAACAGUGUCAUUUUAUAAAUUGAAGUCAAUAUUAGCAAUGAAAAAAGUGAUUAAAAUAUUAAUUAACAAGAACUCGAAAGCUAGUUUGCUGUCGUGGAUUUGUUUGUUGAUAAAUCAUUUGAAUUUAUACAGCUGAUUAAUACUUAAUAUAAAAAUUUAGAAAUGAAAUACAAACAGUACUUAUCUAAUUUAUAAAUAAAGGCUAUAUCAGUGUAGAAAUCAUACAAAUCUUACAGAUAGAAAAAUAUUGAUUUUAUUAAAUUAAGAAAUUUAUUUUUAGAAACUACCAAUAAGGAACUUUUAUAAAUAAUACUUGAGGAGGAAGAGCAAGAAAAAAAGACAAAAUAAAAUACUGCUUUGCCUUCUAAAUCUAAUCAAGCAAAUCACCACUUAGAAAUAGAAGAAAUAGAUGAAAUUGAUUAUGGAGAUUCAAAAAUUAGUAGUAAGCAAAGAUCAAACAUUUCAAGUAGUGGAUUUACUAUUGAAGAUAGUAAUUCUGCAAAAGAUAAAAAAACUAAAUAAAAAGAAGAAUCACCUAGACUUUAUUAUUAUAAUCAAUCGAGUGAAAAGAAAUAUAGUAAAUAGUAAUCAGAAGAGAGAAAAUCUUCAACAAGGUACGACGAUAACAAUGAUUAUGGAGAAAUGGUUGAUAAAAAGGAAAAUAUUAAAGAUGAAUCUAAAAAUAUUAUCUAAUAUGAUAAUGUUGUAUAUCUAAAUAAGCAGGAUAACAGUAAAAAUUUAAAUCCUAGAGAUAGUUUUGGCAAUUAUCCAAGUGCUAUAUAAUCGAACAAGCAAGAAGAUAACAUCUAACCUAAAUUUGGUUCUUAAUUUAAUACAACAAACAAUAGCAGCCGGGGUGUUAUCUAAAAUAAUAGUAGCAGUAACUUCUCCUCAUCAAAUAACACUCCAGCCUUCAGGGUAGAUAGCAAUAAUUAAUAAUAAAUGAAAUCUUUUAGAGAAAACUAAGAAGACGCAAAUUUAAGUCAAAGAAAUUUAGAAGAAAAGCAGAUGGAAAUUUAAAGAUUAAAUAAUCUCUUAAGUGCAAAAGAAAAAGAAAAGGAAUUAAUUGAAAAAGAAGUGAAAAUAAAUAAAGAUGAGAAAGAAAUGCACAAGAGAGAAAGUGAAAGGUAAAAAAUAUCUAUUGAAAAGUUAGAAAAUUAAAUAAGUGUUUUAGAGAGAGAAAGAAAUCUAAUUAUAGAUGAGAAGGAUAUUUUACAUUAGAAGCUGGAACAGGCUUUAGAAAAAAUUUCAUAAUUGACAAAUAAAACUAUAUAAAAUUAACAAUAAAUGACUGAUUAUCAACUGAUUAUGUCUGAAAAUUCUUAACUUAGAUAGGAAUUGAAUUAAUUUAAAAAUCAUUAUUAAGAAAUGGUGGACUCUCAUGAAAAAAGAGAAAAUGAAAUGUUGCAAAGAAUAAGAGAGAGUGAAAAGGAGAAAGCUUAAAAAGAAAAUGAAAGUGAUAAAGAAAAGCUCAGGCUUAAUGAAAAAAUAAAAGACUUACAAAAUUAGAUUCACGAUAUUGAAGAGUAAAAUAGGAUAUUAGAAGAAAAUGUUGAACACUCAAAAAGAAUAUCUCUAGUUGUUGAUGAAUAGAAGUAGUCUGAAAGUAAAAAAACUUAAAGCAUGGUGUAAGAAUUGCAGAGUAAAAGAACUAUAAUUGAGAAAUACGAAGCUGACAAUGAAAGACUCUCUAAAUAGAUCACCAUCUUAAAGGACGAUAUGAAGAGACAAAACGAAUAUUUAUCAGACCUAGAAUCUUAGCUGAAUAAUGUUUAGAUAGAAAGAGAUCAGUUAAAAAAUAAAGUUUAAGAUUUGCUUUAAUAAUUAAGCGAUGAAAGAGCAAAAGCAGUCUCACAUCAGCAACUAGAAUUGGAAUCUAUUAAUGUUGAUCAGAAAUUUUAAAAUGAAAGAUUAGAAUUCAAUUUAAAAAUUGAAAAGAUAGAAUUGGAAAAUAUUAAAUUGCAGAAGGAUCUUCUUGCUAAAAAAGAAUAUAUUGAUUAAUUGAAUCAAAAUAAUGCUGAGCUAAAUGAUCUUAUUUAAGACUUAAAAGAAGAAUCAAAAUAACUUAAUAGCAAGCUUGAGCAGCAAAAUAUAAAGAUUAGAGAUUUAAAUAGUAUAUAGUAACAGUAAUAAAAGUCUGCUCGAUCAAUGUCAACUGAUAGAUAAUUUAACUAAGAAGAAUUAAAUUUGUUGAAGUCUCAAAUAUAAGAGCUUUAAAAUGAAAGAAACGCUCUCAAAAGAGAAAUCGAAGAAAACAAAAAUUCUAAAUUAACUUAUAGGUCUGUUAACAACUCAUAAACAGGAGAAAAUAAAUCCUAACAAGUAGAAAUAGAAGAAAAAUUAUAAUUCCAACAACAGCAAAUUGACUAACUAAACAAAAUUAUUUAAUCAUUUUAGCCUAUUUAAACAGAAAACUAAAGACCAAAAAGCAAAAGAGAUCAUCUGGAAAUACAAACAUCUGAAAACUAGAACGUCAUUCAUACAUUUGAUUAGACAUUAAAAUCUACAUAGUUUUCUAGCUAUAAUGGUUAAGAUAUGAUGAGAAUAGAUACAAAGGCAACUCCUACAUCUAAACCACCUAUCUAUGUAAGAGAUUCUAUCUCAGAAGAAUAAUCUACAUAGCCUAAUAUCUCUGUUUCCAGGAAUUAGCUCAGCUUAACCCAAAAUUUGAACCCUUUAAUGCUAAAGCUUUCUAACAUCACCACUAAUAGUAGUGAUCAAAUAAACUAAAUUCAAGCAUCUAAUUAUUAUUAACACAAACUUAUGUAAGAUUUAUUUGCAGCUUAAGGCUAUUUAAACUAAAAUAAUACUCUUAAUACCUCUUUUAAUAAUACUAAAAAUGAUUUUAAUGCUUCUGGAUAAAUUCAAGUAUAAAAAGUUCUCCAUUCAGAACCAACUACUUAAACGCCAUAAAGUAGAAAAUUUUCUCUUGAUUAAAUGAUUGCAUAAUAGCAAAUUCCUUAAAGUGUUAAAAAUUAAAGAGGUCUCAACACCAUCGAAGAAGAGUCAAGUAAUAACACUUACAGGAAGAGGCCAACAAUAAGAAGUAAAAGUAAUAUGCAUAAUUACUCAAAUAAUUCUUAGAACUAUUUAAAUUUGAGUGAUUAUUUGAGGAGCAAAACACCAAUUCAUUCUGGCAAUUCAACAACAAGCCACAGCCAAUACUUUUCUAAUACAAUGGGAUUAUUUAACAACACUAAUUAAGCUAAUAACUUCUAAAGUAGUAGUAAUGGUUUUGGUCAGUCAAGAAGCAGAUAAGAAAGCAGGAAUAAUAGUAGAUGUGACAGUAGAGUUUCAAGUGAUUUUUUAAACCUCUCUGCAGAACAAAAGGACUCUUAAGAUAAUACACUUUAUCUUGACAUUGAAAAUAAUGAUUAUCAUUUAAGUACUCACAACAAUACUAGCUUUAAUAUAAAUCCUCAAUAAUAAAAUUCAGUCAACUAAAAUAUUAAUGUAAUUACCAAUAAUAACAAUCUAAGCAACACAUAAAAUGCUAUUUAAGCUACCUUUUUAACUAAAAGAAGUCAAUCUCAAAAUUCUUCAAAAUAAAAUUUACAAAAAAUAAACAAUAGUGGAAUGAUACUCACUCUUUAGCCUAAUUCUUUCCAGCAAACAUUUAAUUUAAAUGAAACUGAAAACUUUGCUACAACAACAACAAACUUGCAAUCUUCUACAAUAACUCCAAGUGAAAGAUAAAAAUGUGAUUUCUUCUUUUAGUAGUUAAUUUAUCCAUUUCAAAAACCUGAUGAUUACUACAACAACAAAAAUAAAUCAAACAAUAUUAAAGGCUAACUUCUCAAAUUUAAUAAUUUAAUACAAUAAAACUAUUUGAAGUAAUUUUAAAAAUCUUCUUUAUCAAACUUGUUAGAGCAAGAUAAUAAAGAAAGCUCUUCUUUUGAUAGAUUCAGAAAAUCAUGCCUAUCUGAUAAAGGGGUUAUCUCUUAAAGUAGUAUUUUGAAAGUUGGAACACUAACAUCCCAUCAUUAUAGCUAAACAAAAAAACAUUUCUUAAAAAUAACAGUGCAUUUUUUAAAUAUUUCUAAGCAGGAAAUCACCCAUUUAUCAUACAUCAACAUAGAAAAUCAAGAUGUUGUUGUAAAAAUGAAUCCGACUGUUGUUAAAUGUGAUAUACCAUCAGAACACAAAGUUAAAGUAGACCUAUUGAUUCAAAUUAUAAAAAUCCCAUUUAAUUUACCAGAGGGAUCGAUAUUAUUAACGCAAAAUGGAAAAGAUUAGCAAGUCUAACUAGUUCUCCCUGCUAUGAUUAACAAAUUUAUGGUCUAUAAAGAUGUAAAUAUAACAAUAUUCAAAUAGAAAUGGUAAUUCAUUCAAUAAAAAUAUAUAUUUAAGUCUUAAGAAUUUUAGUACUCUACCAAUAUACUUAAAAAUUCUUUUAGUAUUAUGAAAUAUUUCCCAUAAUUGAUUGAACUAACUCCUUUUGAAAAAGAUGAGCAUAUUGCUGGAAUAAGUGAUUUUAAAGUUGGCGGGUUAGUUUCAUUCAUUUAGAAAGAAAAUAGUGAGUAUAUGCUUAAGUUCAUAUUUAAACCACUUUAAAAAAUGUAAAUAUAAUUUGCUAUAUCUCAACAGAAUACUGUUGAAUAAUUUGACUAGCAAUUAGCAGAACAUUUCAUAAAUACAAUAUACUUCUUACUAAAGUAAUGA